AACAAAGAUGGGGUUUGGAACUCAGAGGUGUUGUUCCAUCCUUGUUGCAUUGUUGGUGAUUUACACACCUCUUUGUUUAGCAAACAAUAGAAGAAGCAAUGUGAAGUGGAGAAAACAGCAAAGUCACUGCAACUUGUAUGAAGGAACUUGGGUGGAGGAUGAUUCUUACCCUCUCUAUGACUCUCUGACAUGCCCUCACAUCCGCAAGGAGUUUGACUGCCUAAAGUAUGGCCGCCCUGAUAAACUCUACCUCAAGUAUAGAUGGCAGCCAAAUGAAUGUGAUUUACCCAGAUUUGAUGGUGAAGAUUUUCUACAGAGGCUUAAGGGGAAGAAUAUCAUGUUUAUAGGGGACUCCGUUAGUCUCAACCAGUGGCAAUCUCUACUAUGCUUGCUUCAUGCUGCUGUGCCUGAUUCCAAAGUCAUAGAGCAGACAAAUGUGUCAAUUUCUACCACCACCUUCCUGGACUAUGGAGUUUCAGUUAUUCUGUUUAAUUCCCACUACUUGGUAGACAUCGAAGAAGAACAAGUUGGUCGAGUUCUAAAGCUUGAUUCUCUGAAGAAUGGCGCCCUGUGGAAAGAGAUGGAUGUUCUGGUUUUCAACACUUGGCUUUGGUGGUACCGCAAAGGACCUAAGCAACCAUGGGACUAUGUUGAAGAUGAGAACAAGGUUGUCAAGGACAUGGAUAGGAUGGUUGCUUUUCGCAAAGGUUUGACAACCUGGGCCAACUGGGUUGAUGAAGAUGUGGAUCCGACAAAAACUAGAGUCAUUUUCCAAGGAAUUUCUCCUUCUCAUUACAAUGGGGCUGAUUGGGGCGAGCCAGAAGUGACAAACUGCUCAAAGGAGACAGAGCCAAUAAGUGGGUCAACAUUCCCAGGUGGUUUGCCAGAAGCAGCAUUGGUAGUGAAAGAUGUGUUAAGCAGAAUAAGGAAACCUGUUCAUCUGCUUGAUAUAACAAAUCUCUCACAACUAAGAAAAGAUGCACAUCCUUCCUCUUACAAUGGAUUCAAGGGCAUGGACUGCACUCAUUGGUGUGUUGCUGGGCUUCCAGACACCUGGAAUCAACUUUUAUCAGCUGCUCUGAUAGCUAAUUGAAUUUCUUGAAUACACAAACACAAAGAAAGAGCUAAUUAGCCAUGAAAAAGCAAAAGUUCUCAAAUAGUUUCCUUGAUUUGUAACUUAUUCAUUGAUUUGAUUGUUAUUGAAAACAAUCAUAGGGCUAGAUGACAAUGUAGUAGUUGGGAUGGAACAUAUGAAACUUCUAUUUCAAAUCCCUGUUACAACA